GCAGCAGCAGCAGCACCCGCAGCAGAGAACAAUUUGAGGCAAGGAAGAGGAAGAACAUUUCAUUCGCUACUCUACACCUCACCACUCACUCACUCAGUGUACCCUUAAGCAGCAGCACCAAUCCAAUCAUCAAGUGUUCGCAGUGCGUGAGGGAGAACAGUGCAUACUCUCUCGGCUGCCAGCAGCGCGUCGUCGACUUCUGGGAGACAAUCUAUCUCUCGGCUGUGAGAGGAAAGAGAGUCUACCGGGCGAGAAGAGUGCGUGACACUGUGCCUUGCUGCCUGAGAUCCAUCACUCUAGACUGCGAGAUUCUUUUGACUGGUCAUCUAAAUCCGGGAACUGGACCAUCGGAGAAGAAAAGCUUCAACGCGAGAAACAUUCUCCCGCAUGUUUGGGUGAAGAUUCGAGCUGGAACCGAUACCACUGUCUUCCAAGUGCACGUAGCGACCGACGACUCGAUUUAGAAGCGCGCAUCUAGCGAGCCCCUCCCACUUGUCUUCCUGCCUACUUCCAUUUUCUCGGACUCGCGCUCCUCAAAAGGCUGUUGGAUUUCCGAGCUUGUGUCCAAGCCUGGUCCCGGCCGGUGCUUGCGUCUCUCGUGUGCACUGCUCUCCUGCUUUCAUAUCUGCCGUUUCUCGACCCAUACUUGCAGACGUUGCGCUAUCUUUCUGUCUCCGAGUUUAGAGAGAGAAAGAGAGAGAAAUAAAGAGAGCGAGAGUCACCGUUUCAGUCUCCAAAGCCAAGAUGUCGUGCGGCAAUGGAUGCGGAUGCUGCCCGAAGUGCGGUUGCCACAGGCAGUGCACAUGCAACAGAAAGUACGCCACGGUCUCUGGACCCUCUGCGUCCUCCAUCUACAGCAAGGAAUGCAGCCUUUUGGUUCGGUUCUUCGAGCAGCUGGACCGUUUCUUCUCGUGAGAACUUCAUGGACCCAGUCGACCUAAAUGAACAACCAGCUUGCUACCUUCAACAAAAACGAGAUGUGUAAAAUUUGGUGGCGGUUGUUGCGACGGGGCUGGUAUGGUUGGACAGCACAAGCGUAAGCCGGGAAACGUCUUCCCGGUGUCCAAAUAAGCAGCGUCAAGCUUAGAACCAUCUGCUUCUGUCCGGAAUAUAGUACAUACAUAGGACAUUAGUUUGUAGAAACGGAAAGCCUGCACACGUUUAGAGGCAUGUGUUUUCCACGGAGUCGGACGGGAGAGGCGGCAGAGUAGUACUUAAGGUUGAUCGAAUGACCUAUAGGUUAAUUUUGGGUUUUUUGUAAAUCUGUGGGUGUGAGAAUUCGCGGAAGCUAAUACGAAACUCCUUAGACCGCAAGCUCAAGAACUAGGAAUAAAAUGUCGAGAACUUAAAACUUUGUCUCGGGCGGAUUACCAGCCCGCUGGAAAUCUCCCUAUUAUCUAAAUACAACUUCUGCUUCUGUGAACCUUUAUAUUGUGAAGAGGGUGUGAACUUCAUAUGAGUUAUUUGUAGCUUGUUGACAAUCUGGGAAUGCUUUGAGAUUGUUGGAAGUCUGCAAUAUUCGUGCAAAUGCAUUCGAGUCAAUUAUUUGACUAGUAGAAC